AUGGACACACCAGUCAUACCACCUCCCAAGGAUGCAAGGGAGCAGGAGAUCAUGGAACGCCUCGUGGCGAUUCGUGACCAGCUACUGCUCCUCAAACAGGACCGGACGAAAUAUAUCCGGUCCCAGGACGUGAUGGGGUUGUAUGAGCAGACCAUUGAGGAGAUCCGCAAGGUCAACGAGAUUCGAGGAGAUGCCAAGGAUCAGGCCGGGGAGAACCGCCUCGACAAGAUCAUCGAGAGCUGCUUCCAGCUUCUGUCGCUCUUCUUCAUGACGAUCGGGAGGACAAAUGAGGCACCCGCGGCAUACUCACUCACCUCGACUAUUAAGCGCCUAUUGCAGCACCUGACGGAAGCGAACCUGUUUUCUGCGAAGGACUUGGACAGUAUGGCCAAGACGCUAGACCAGCUUUCGAGGACCGUCAACGAUGCCGACGCGAGGCACUCGCCGUACCUGCUCAAGUUGCUGUCGAAAAGGGUCGAGCUGUGUCAGUCAUCACUGGCCAUGUUGCAGAAAAAACUGGACGACCUGGAUGAGACCCUGCUCGCUGUGCACGAGAAGAUCAUCUCAAUCUUGAGGUCUCUAUCACUGGCAAAUACGAAGGCAAAAUUUAACACUUCCGAGGUGAAGAAGCUCCAGGCUCAGCUAAAGGAGAUCGACGCACAGCGGCAAGACGGGAAGUUCCUCACUACGGGCGGCGAAGUUGCCAAGGGCAGCGAGCAGGUGUGCUGGCUUCUGGAUCGGGUUCUCUUGUGGUCCGACAUUGUUCUGGAGAGGAAAGGCGUCAUCCCAGAGCAGUGGAGGAAUGUUUACGACGUCCUGAUCGGCAUUCGCAAUGAUCUCGAUAAGUUCUCGAUCACGCCGGCGUGGUCGCUCAGAGAGACAGAUCUGUACGACUACCAACGGCAACUUGACAAGAUCGACGAGGCCAGAGUAGAUGGGAACUGGCUGGACGAUGAGGGCAAGCCGGCGGAACUCUACGUGCAAAGGACGUUGCUGUACCUGAUUAGGCGAAGCUACGGUUACAUCUACCAUCUCAUGGUCCUUUCGGAGCCAGUAUCGGAAGCACUUUUGCCAAUUUACAACCAACUGUCGACCUUGAAACGGUGUCUGCUCGAGGUCAAGAACUCCGGGGGAGGGAGCUCAGUGAGAGAGUUGUACCCCUACAGCAUGAAGCUCAACUCUAUCGACAACAUGCGCACCGACGGGAAGUUCGAGGUCAACGGCGACAUCCCAGAGGGCCAGGCAGCAGUUGCAGACCUCCUGGCCGAAUGCUUCGAGCUCAAUUACGAACUGCGAGUGGAUGCCGAGUCUCGCGCUGAAGCGGAGAAUGCCGAAGCAUAA